AUGGCCAAGAGAGUUGCAAUCGUGGGAGCCGGAGUCUGUGGCCUGGCCUCCAUCAGGUGCUGCCUGGAGGGAGGCCUGGAGCCCACGUGCUUCGAGAGGAGUGAUGACAUCGGGGGGCUGUGGAGGUUCACUGAACAUGUUGAAGAAGGCAGAGCCAGCCUCUACAGGUCCGUGGUUUCCAACAGCUGCAAGGAGAUGUCUUGUUACUCAGACUUUCCCUUCCCAGAAGAUUGUCCGAACUAUGUGCCAAAUUCUCAACUCCUGAAAUAUCUCAAAAUGUAUGCAAACCAGUUCAACCUUCUGAAAUACAUUCAAUUCAAGACUAAAGUCUGCAAAGUAACAAAAUGCCCAGAUUUCACUGUCACCGGCCAAUGGGAGGUGGUCACUCAGCAUGAAGGAAAGCAAGAGUCUGCCAUCUUUGAUGCUGUCAUGGUCUGCACUGGUUUUCUAACUAACCCAUAUUUGCCACUGGAGUCUUUUCCAGGUAUAAAUACCUUUAAAGGCCAGUACUUUCAUAGCCAACAGUAUAAAUACCCAAAUAUAUUUAAGGACAAGAGAGUCCUUGUGAUUGGAAUGGGGAAUUCGGGCACAGACAUUGCUGUGGAGGCCAGCCACCUGGCAGAAAAGGUGUUUCUCAGCACCACUGGAGGGGCAUGGGUGAUAAGUCGAGUCUUCGACUCGGGGUACCCAUGGGACAUGGUAUUCAUGACUCGGUUUCAGAACAUGUUCAGAAAUUCUCUCCCAACUCCGAUUGUGUCUUGGCUGAUAGCAAGAAAGAUGAACAGCUGGUUCAAGCAUGCAAAUUACGGUGUAGCACCAGAAGAGAGGACGGAGCUGAGAGAGCCUGUGAUAAAUGAUGAACUCCCGGGCCGUAUCAUCACUGGGAAAGUGAUCAUCAAGCCAAGCAUAAAGGAGGUGAAGGAAAACUCUGUCCUAUUUAACAACACCCCAAAGGAAGAGCCCAUUGAUAUCAUUGUCUUUGCCACUGGAUACACCUUUGCUUUCCCCUUCCUUGAUGAGUCCGUAGUGAAAGUUGAAAAUGGCCAGGCAUCGCUGUAUAAGUACAUCUUCCCUGCACAUCUGCCAAAGCCAACCCUGGCUGUUAUUGGCCUCAUCAAACCCUUGGGCUCCAUCAUACCCACUGGAGAGACCCAAGCACGAUGGGUUGUUCGAGUCCUGAAAGGUGUAAAUAAGUUACCGCCACAGCAUGUCAUGAUUGAGGAAGUUAAUGCAAGAAAAGAAAACAAACCCAGUGGGUUUGGCUUGUGUUACUGCAAAGCUUUACAAUCAGAUUAUAUCACAUACAUAGAUGAACUCCUGACCUACAUCAAUGCAAAACCCAACCUAUUCUCUAUGCUCCUGACGGACCCACGCCUGGCCUUAUCAGUCUUCUUUGGCCCAUACACACCAUACCAGUUCCGUCUGACCGGCCCAGGGAAAUGGGAAGGAGCCAGAAAUGCCAUCUUGACGCAGUGGGAUCGAACAUUCAAAGCCACCAAAACUCGAAGUGUACCGGAAUCCCCAUCUCCUUUUGCAAACUUACUUAAACUCUUAAGCCUUCUGGUUUUGUUUAUGGCUAUUUUCCUCAUUUUCCUAUAAAUAUAAGAUUAUCCAAAUGGCUUGUCAGAUGCACAUCAUAGAUUUACAGUGCUCUUUUCCACCACUGACACCAACAUUGCAUGCACAGCAAGUGAAUGCAUGUUCAAGUGGUGAAAAACACCUCCUGUCCCUCCCUGCUGCUCUUCCUGGGUCUCUCACAGUGCCACCUGCUUCCAAUGCUAGAGGCAGAUAACCAUGAUUUCUGUGCAUUUGAAGGCUGCUGGAAGGUUCUAGGUUCAUUUUACAAGACAGAACUAUUAAAGACAGCCGUCAGAUGCUUCCUGCCUUUUUGUCGUAUAAACUAUUUUCAUAGGCCUUAACCUAAACUCCCUACUUCACAAAAGAUUUGGUUGUUCUAAAAUAAUCCUCUUGUGGUAUCAGAUGCUUAAAAUUAAAAAGAAAGAAAAACCCUAGAAA